GCAACAACUGACUACCAGAAACCCGACGGUCAGUGCGGAAGGGACGAAGGUGGCAAUCACCAACAGAAAAGACAAUAUGGGCAAAAAGAUGUGGGAACAUGCAGCAUAUAUUCUGUUUAGCUUGGUUAUCUAUGCAGAAUGCCAGAGAAUGGACAGAUUAUGUACCACAGACCCACAGACUGCUCAAUAUUGUAUGGGAAUGGACACCUAUAAAUAUUUUUUCGACCAACGCACAGGACAAUGCGUGUAUAAAUUAGGUUGUGCCUUCUCAGGAUUUGCUACAAUGACACAAUGCAAGAAAGAGUGUGUUUGUAGACAGCCAAUAUCAGAAGGAACACAAGUGGGUGGACCAAAUUGUGAGCAAGAGGUUAUGCGAUGGAUGGCCGUUGGUGAGGUCUGCGUUCAAAAGCCCUACACUGGUUGUGGUGGGAACGGCAAUAAUUUUAUGACUCAGGGCGAGUGUCAAGCUGCAUGUAAUCCCAGGGAGAUAGAGUCGAUAAUAGGCUUCGAUUUUCCUUCCAUCAAUGAAGGAAUGCCUUUUGCACUUCCACCAGGAUCUUUUGGAAGCGGUAUGGCACAUCCAGGGACACCGUUUCAUGGCGGCCCAGGUAGUCAAGGCCCGGCACCAAGGAAACCCAAUAAGCCACCUAGAAAGAGUAAGAAAAACCCUCCACUGAAAGGCAAAGGAAGGCCACCAAAGAACAAUGCUGGUAAAGGCAAGCGACCCCCUAAUCGUCGACCUCCUACUCCACCUCAGGGACGAAAUAACCCGCCAUCUCAUAAUGGUAAUUGGCCACCACAUCCAAGAGGUAGUCCUCCACAAUCCAACGGUCAAUGGGGUCCACCAAAUGGUGGAUGGCGUCCUCAAACAAAUGGACAACGACCUCCACCUGGACCUCAAAGGCCGUGGAAUUCCCAAGGCAAUGAACAAAGGAGACCACCUUAUCUUCAAAGGAACGGCCCACCACCACCCUGGGCAAGAAAUAGACAGCCUAAUAAUGGACAACAAUGGAAUGGUCCUAACUCGAAUCCGAACUUUCAACCACCUCCUAACGGUCCCAACUCAAACUUUCCAAACGGCGGACAACGACAACCAAAUGGUCCAAACUCAAAUUUCCAGCCACCUCGUCAACCAAAUUACCCUCCGCGGCAGCCAAACUCUCAACAACCCAAAAAUCCCCCACGUCAACCCAACUCCCAACCACCUCGUCAACCAAACUCUCAGCCACCGCGUCAGCCAAAUUCUCAACCACCGCGUCAACCAAACUCUCAGCCACCGCGUCAACCAAACGCUCAACCACCGCGUCAACCAAACUCAGAACCAAAUAUGUCUCCAAAUGCACAACCUAGCGUAGCAACACAAAUACCCCCAGGUACUUCACCAUUUCCAAAUUAUCCGUCGACCACGAUUGGUUGGAACAAUCCAUUUUCAUUUUUUUACUACUAAGCCCAUUGCAGUGCAUAAUUGUGAUGUUAAUUGCUUUCAAUGAAAGUGAUCUCAAAACUGUGAACUAUGUGUUAAGUUAAAUACAUUAAUUUAUACCAUCGGGUGGAAAACCAUGAUAUCCCCAUCAAAAUCAUUUUAUUGGUAUUUAGUACCAUUCUCAGUUAACCUUGGACUUCAGUAAGGCGUGACAUUCUCGAUGUUACAUAAAUAGCGUCUGAAAUUUACACAGCUUUCAUUCACUGUUGAAAUAUACAUGGGAUAGAAAUUCGGGAAAUUUUCAUGGAAUGUAGCAAAUAACCAUAACAGCGUCUCGUCCGGCAAAGAGGUGGGGCUUAAAUAGUUUCAUCGUUGUCAACAACAAUUUUAAGUUCCUGAUGUCAUUAAUUUCUUAACCAAUGAGAAUCUAUUAGCCAUUUGACAGACGCCAAUUACGUAGCGCCGAGAAUGCCAUGCCUUACUGAAAGUCCAAGGUUAACUGACAAUUGUACUUUGACAAUUUUCUAAAAACGAAGUGAUUUCCCACUGACUGAAAUAUAAAACAUGGCAAAAGACAUUUUAAAUAAUUGAUGCACAUUAUAUUUAUAAAGGACACGCAGAACUAUUUAUACCUUGACAAUUGAAAUUAUAGCUGUAAAAGUUAUCUUUCUUUGCAGAAGUUCAUUCUACCUUAACUACAACUACUUAAAUUUAAGCUGUUUUUACUUCGAAAUUUUAGCACAAUAUUUACUUUAUUCCUAAAAGUGCACAAAGGAAGGAAAUGUGUAUGAAAAGUUUUAUUCGUGCAUAAUAAAUGGAAUAAAUCCAUGAAUUAAGGUCACUGGUUACCUUGACCUCAAACUAUUUAUAACAGGAAACAGGUACAAUAUAAGAACAGCACAAGGUAUUUUUCAAAAAAAUAUUUUGACAAAAAUGUAUGAUCCACAGAUAAAAAAGA